AUGUCUUCGCCACUUUACCGCGAGUACACAGCAGUGCUGAUCGGUGGGACGGGCCGCCUUGGAAGCCACUUAGUCCGAAGCUUCCUCCUGUCCCCUUUGUGUAGCCGGCUGGUCUCCAUAGGCCGACCCGGGCAUGCUGAGAGGCUCAACAACUUCAUCACCACUAAGAUGGGCAACGCUGGAGCAAAGUCUAAAUUGAAAACAAUUGACAUUGCUGAGGACUUGUCGGAUUUGCCGGCCGCUUUGAAGGAGUAUGGAACAGGCGCUGAGCUUGCGGUCUCCGCUCUUGGAGCUAGAGGAGGCAGGUACGGUUCAGCAAGCCCUGCAGACCUCUUCCGCCUUGACGUCGCUACCAAUUUGAGUUUCGCCGAAACCGCCGCCCAACAACUCGGCGCUUCCCAUGUGGCUCUCAUGAGCCACGUUAGUGCCAAUUACAGCAACAAGACGACUAGUGACGACGCAAUGCCCGGCAACUUCAGAGAGGCUAAAGGCCUUCUCGAGUACAGAAUCGAGACUUCCGAGGUGCUGAAGUCUUUGGGUACUCGAGUAUCGCUAUUCAAGCCCGCCUUGAUCACAGGGGAACCUUCUGAUCAAUGCGAGGCCCCGCCAGCAGUGAGUACCUCCUCCUCAUCGUCGGUGAAGGAACGACUGAUACAAGCGUUGUAUCCAAUUAAAGCUCAGUUUAUGCGGACACAAUAUCGAGAGAUCAGCGCUGAUCAUCUGGCAUUAGCGGUGAGGAUCAAUCAUGAGAUGUGCGUACCGUCAGAGGGGGUAUCGAUGGAGCCGUUGGGGUAUGAGGAGUGUAUGAGGUUAAUAGGAAAGGAUGAUGACAUUUGA